GUUGGCACUAAGAAAGGGUCACUGGGAUCCGAGGGAAGCAUGUCUGCCCCAUUUGAAGAGCGAAGCGGGGCGGUGCCUUGUGGGACGCCCUGGGGCCAGUGGUACCAGACCCUAGAGCAGGUGUUUAUCGAGGUCCAAGUGCCACCGGGCACUCAUGCUCAAGAGAUCCAGUGUGGCCUGCAGAGUCGACAUGUGGAACUAGCCGUGCGGGGCCAGGAGAUCCUGAAGGGCAAACUCUUUGAUUCUACAAUAGCUGACGAGGGAACGUGGACAUUCGAGGACAGAAAAAUGGUCCACAUAGUUCUUACCAAGACAAAGAGAGAUGCAGCAAAUUGUUGGACCUCUCUCUUAGAAACUGAAUAUGCAGCUGAUCCUUCGGUACAGGACCAAAUGCGAAGGAAACUUAUCCUGGAGAGAUUCCAAAAAGAAAACCCUGGUUUUGACUUCAGCGGAGCAGAAAUCUCAGGAAACUACAGUAAAGGUGGACCAGAUUUUUCUAGUCUUGAAAAAUAAAAACUGCCAUUUUUAACUAUGUUCCAUGGAUCCUAGAAGAUGUUGCCAAUGUAAAAGGAUUGGAUUAUGUGAUUGAAGAAAAUUACAUUUGCCUACACAACUGAAUGAGAAUUGUAAAAAAGAAAAAAAAUUUAAAUAUGACUUCAAAGAAUGCAUUCAAAAUAUAGUUUACAUAGAAAACAUUCUGAAUUUCAAUGGAAAUUUUUUUGGAGAAAUGGAUCUUUUUUUGGACUUACUUUGCUCAGCAGGACAUUUUAAACAGGUCUUGAACUCUUAUUAAUUUGUUAAGCAGUGGGCCAUAAUCAUGCAAAGCUCAAGUGUGCCUUCAGAGGAAAUUAAAUUUUUCUUUGGAAAACUGUAACUCAGAAUAACUGUCAAUAAAGCUUUCUAAUUCCAAAAAUGGAAAAAAA